AGAAUUGCAGAAGUAAUUUUGUCCUCUCUUUUUUUAUUUUGAUAUUUGAUAACUACAUAAACCAUACAUCAUUCAUCAUACAAGUACAACACCUCUUCUCCUACAAGCCGCUAAACAAGUACUAAAAAUAGCAUAGCCUCUGAGUAUAAGUUUGACCAGCACCGAUGGCCGAAUCAACUCGCAUCCCAUCUCCCUCAUCGUCAGGCGGAACAUCCGGUGAAAGAACCAAAAAGAGCUGGUGGCCCUUUGCUUUUCUCGCAUCAGUUCUACCAGUUGUUGUAGGAGUUUUAGUCUACCAACUGGACUCCUUCGACCCUGCUCCUUACCCAGCCCACGAGUUGACUCAGAAGAAACCCCUGAUAGUGCCUAAGAGCAACCCUCGCAUGCUUAAAGGAGCAGGGAUUAUUGGGGUCGGAAAACUGCUAGGGCCUGAAGACAUAGCUUACGAUCCGAAGUCCGGAGUUAUCUAUACUGGUUGUGAGGAUGGAUGGAUAAACGAUUCAGCGGCCGACUCGAUUGUGGCGGACUGGAUAAACACUGGCGGCCGGCCUCUUGGAGUUGUUUGUGGGCACCAUAGCUGAACUAACAAUCGAAAAUAGUUGGUCAUUGAUUUGUAUCUGGAACGCUCUUCCCGUAUUUAUUUAUUGGAUUAAAAGCAUGCUGGUACAUGGUCUGACGUAAGUCGAAAAACGUUAGCUGAAUAACAAUCGAAAUGCUCUGUGUCCUUCAAUUUUGGCCGAAGCCGAAGACCAGAACAUUGUCUUUUGUAUUAAAGCGUGAAGGGUAAAGUAGGCAUAUCAGGUGAAAAUUUGUGAUAGAAAUCUAUUUUUCGCAAGAAAGGCGCU